UGAUGUUCCAAUUGGAGUGCGGACGGUCGUGCAGUGUUUGUGUGGUGGGCAAUUCGAUUUUUCUGAAUUUUUAAGGGCUCCGGCAGCCGAGAUUUUGAUUUUUUGCUCUCGUCAGUGCGCGUUAAAUAAUCAGUUAAAAAAUCAUCGAUUGGGCGCACCGCGAGCUCCCCUUCCGUUUCCUGCGUGCAUUUUGGGCACUUGUAUUCGUACAUUUCCGCCUUCGAGCGCACUGUGCUUUUGUUUAUACGACCUCCGGUCGCCCCACAUUUUAUGGUGAACUUGUGCCGCCGAACGGUGUUGUCAUUGCCCCACCUCCCCCGAAAAAAAUCGAAACUCCCGCACGGUGGGCGAAGUCAAGUGCACGCCAUUGAUAAUAACUUUCCACAAAGUUUUGCGCAAUUGCAAAAUCCAUAAAUCUAUUAUCUAGUAUACGGCAUUUGAGCUUUUAAAGAAACAAAUAUAAAUUCAGAGGGCGUGUGCUAAGGCCAAUCCAUCCCACUGUGCAAGCAGUCGGGCGGCAGAAAUUCAUAAAACAACGGCUAACAAAUCCAACGAAGAGAAAUACAGAAACAGAAAUACAAAUAAAAAUAAAAGAGAGAGCGAGCUUAUUUGGUUUAUUUAAAGACUCUCGUCCGCACAACAACUACAAUCAUUUAAUAUUCCGCUUAUAAUGUAAAAUACUGCAAUGACAAAGGACCAAGAUCAAGCUAUGGUUGUAAUUUAGCACAGGAAUCACGAUAUAAACAAGAGACAUCAGCGUGCGAAACCGAAGGCUGCUAAUCGAGGUCGGAGAUCAUAAAUCAUUAUCAGGCGUCAGCAAGAGGAGGGCAGCAGUCCCAGCAGCGAUUGAGUUGCAUUAACCAGAGACGAAUUAAUCAUACGCCGUGUUGCCCGCUACGCCGUCGAUAUGUAUAUAUAUAUGCCUGCCAGUCCGCCUCCGCACCACGCGCCGCGCACUUGACACGUGGAGCGGCUGAAUAUCCCGGAGCGGCAGCAACACCUCCUGGAAAAUCACUGAGGCCCAGUUUUGUGUUUGAUUUGUGUUCGUUAUUGUGUCGUUAUUUUUUUGUUGUUCAAACUCGACGCGGACGCUAAUUCAUCGGCAUCGAAAAGUGUUUGAUUUCUGUGAAAACAAAGUACCGCAUGUGGCUGCCAGGGCAAAAUCCGUUUACCGGCAGCAUAAACUGCUACAACAGCAACACCAACUGCAACACCAGCAGCAGCAGCAGCAGCAGCAACAUCCGCAGCAACUGGCCCCAGUUGUCGUCAAUUAUCGCUCAAUAUAUUCUCCGUUGGCCUGUGAUAAACCCCCUAGCGUUCUUAAUGAAUGACAUUCGGUCCAAGUCAUUCUAUCGUGCAGGCAAAGCAACAUCUGCAACAUCCGCAUCGGCCACGAGCACAGCUAAAUCGUUCGAUAACAGCCAGAACAACAAUCCCCGUACGUACAACAACAGCGGCAAGUCGAACAAGGUGUUCCUCCACUAUAUACCCCGCGAUCCGCGCCUAAGAAUUUUCAAUAAGACCGCCACCCUGAAUAAACACUCGAAUCGCACCCUGAGCGAGUUAAACAUAACUGAAGAUCUGUGCAAUUAUGGUGAAUUGAUUGGCGGCGGCAGUGCUGAAACAGUGAAGUUAGUGCUAGUGAAAUCUUAAAAAAACCGCAGAUCACCGAUUUGUUUUGUUCGUGUUCGGUUAAGCUGUUGUCGUGCGAAAAGAGCAUUGUUUGGAUAACGAAAAGCUACGCACUGCAGUUGACCAACAGAAAAGGGGAAUAUUCACCUAACGCCUACUUAAGAAAAUUAAUGCUGAAAUCUAAUGCAAAUUGUGUUCACUUCCAAUAAUCGCUUGG